AGCCAUUCAACUGAUUCAAGAGAUAUUCUCAGUGUCUUUGAACGAUGGAGUCAAAUCGUUGUUGAAUAAAACUCAACGGGUGGAGAACGUCUGUCGGCAACCUCGUUCCCAGGGCCUUGGUGGGGAGGGGGCGAGGUGGAGAGAAGGCCCUGGCAAAGGCUGAGCUAAAAUGCUUUGUGAUUGGUUGAAGCAAUUUAACUCGUUUUGUUGUUAACGACGUUGUGAUUGGCCAAUAGUAUAAAAACCCGCGAAAUAUUUUUCAAUAUGGCGAAGCUUAACAGUGAAAACAUCUCGGCGCACACGCCAAAAAAAGUGUAUGUAUCAAGUGAUUUUAUCGAUGGUUGUCGCCUUUGUGGAAACAAAAAUGAUAGGAUGAUUAAUGUCUUUCAUAAACCUGGCCAGAAGAAGAAACUCGUCGAAGUUAUUGCUGAUACGCUCGGCGUUUCGAUAUGCGAGAAUGACCAAAUGUCGCCACUCAUUUGUCGAUGUUGUGAACGGAAAAUUACGAAAUUCAUUGAGUUUAAGAACGAAGUGCACAAUUUCCAGGAUUGCAUACAUUCACGAUUUUCAGUUAAGAGGUGCAUCAUACCCACUGAAGAAACUAACAAGAAGCGCAUAACGACGAACUCGACGACAACUAUUGAUACGCCAUAUGCUGCCAAACAACUAGGAUUGUUACCGACGUGUCAUACCGGUGGUCAGACCGAUUGUAAUACGAAAAGCCACGAAAUGGUAUACUUGGAGAUUGACCCACUUUCACUUUGUAAUAAUAAUACAAGUACAUCUGUCAGUGGAGUGCCCCUCAACGCACUUCAAAUUGAGAAGUUACACCGAGCACUCAAAUCUAGAUUCCCUACCCACAUUGGGCAAUGUGCAAUGUCUAUUAAGGAAAUUAAACAAGCAUGUCAGGAAAUAUUGCUAAAAGAACUUGAUGAACAAUGUAAGGAACUUUGCUUAAGAAAAAACCCUUCUGUGUUACGAAAUAAUGGUUUUGAUGACAUAGUUAAAUUCGAUUGGCUGAAUAUUGUAUACGAACUGCAGAAGAGAUGUCCAUUUCUUUUGAGUGUUUUAAAUACUGUCACAGCAAAAAAGAAAACACAGUCAGAGCUCGCACCUUGUAUUGGUAUGGCAUAUGCUAUAUUGAUGAUACAACGCAAUCAUGAGUUAAGUCUUGUUCAAAGGAUCAAUACCUUGAUCAUGGCAGAAGGAAAUGCAAAAAAACAGUUAUAUACCAGAUGCCAAAAGGUUGGAUUUGCAUUAUCACAUCAAAGCAAAGUCAAUUUGCUAGAUGAAAUUGGAGGUCAUUUUGCAGAUGAAGCAAUCACAAUGGUAAAGAAUGGUUGCAAGAUGCAAGGGACAGGUGACAACUGGGAUUUUCGAAUAUUAUGUCAUGAUAUGAGAAAGGAUCAUCAGAACAAAGAUAUGCAUUAUUUUGCAUCAAAUCUUCUUUUUGAACGAGUUCCUAUACCAGACAAUUUGUCCUUAUCUCCUAAACAUGAUAUUAAAACUUUGGAAAACAGUUCAUUUUUAUUAAGUGUUGCUGAAAGCAAAAAAUUAUUGGAAGAUUAUAUAAAGUUAUUAUAA